CUCCGGGACAUGUACGAUGGCCAGACUUGGUCCUCAAACCCUAUAUUGAAGAAGAUUCUUGAGGAAUGUCGGGCGUAGGUUGGAUGAUGAAGCUAGCUUUAGCUGGCAAGUACGAGCUGCAGGAAGACCCGCUUACAAUUGACAAUGGGGUGCUACAGGUGGGUAAGCACGAGAAGAUGAUAGGUGGGGUGUACCUGCUGGCAAAUGCACUGCUUCAGGAAGAGACGGUCAGAAAUACAGUACUAGAUCAAGAAGAGGUGGUAGAGCCGGGAGGAGGUGACAAUGUGAUCCACGAGAGGGAGGAUGAUGACUUUGAAGAAGGCUUGAUACCGCUUGGGGCAGCCAUGCCAAGAGGGAGGGGAGGGGCAGGGCCAGUGGAAACCCCUUUGGGGGCAACCCGACAGAGGACACAGAUGAGGACCAGGAGAGAGGACAGACCUCCAGUCUUCCAGGGAGGGAACAUUGAGCUGUUCCUGAUGGAGUUUGAGCGGCAUACGAGAGAGUUUGGAUGGGACAGCACCAGGAUGUUGAGAGAGGUGCGAGGCACAGGCGAGUGGGAGGACCCUAUUGCUAAACUGGUCAGAGAGUCGCUGAGCUGGCAAGACUUUGGACGGAGGAUGGAGGGUUUGCAUCCGUCACCACUGGGAAGGGAUGGACAGCCCAUUCGAUUCGACUUCACUAAUCUGGGGGAGUUCUUAUGGGCUUAUGAUCGAUAUGCAGAUGAGCUCUGUAUCCCAGGAGAGCAGAGAGUGGGGAGCUUCCUGUUGUUUGUAAGACACCAUAUCAAACCCUUCGUACGAUCCAUGGUAGCAUCUGCCAUGAACUGGGGGUGCUGCAAGAAGCCGCUAUGGAACUAUUAUACUCCAGCUCGUCAGGCAAGUGAGAGGAGAGGUGUGAAAAAAAAGAGAAGGGAACCUGAGACAGAGGCAAGGGGAACCUUUGAGCAGGGCACGUCACCAGGGGCUCAGAGGGAGGAAAGGAGGAAGGAACACAAGUCCCACCGACAUGAGAGAGCAGAGGGGUCCGAUGGUUCAGACGCACCUCCACAACCUGCUCAGAGGGAGAUGGAUGACCUCAUGCCUGACGCAGAGCCAGACAUCCCUCACGAGCCGCAUACGCAAGAGCUGAGGGAGGAACCGUCUGUUGAUGAAAAGGAGCUGGACAGAGAAGAGAGGGCGGCAAGGGAGCUGAAGAUCAGGACUCAACUCCGAAAGAAGAACCUGGCAGAACUGCAUGAGAGGAUGCAGCAAGGAAAGGCGCCUGAGGAGGUGGAGGACAUAAAAGGAAAGGGUACCUGCACUCAGGAGGAGGACUCUCCUCUGUUCUCAGAGGUCUGGAUGGGCUUCGAUAAGCUGAUGGACGCCACAGGAAGAUCAGGUGGACAACAUCAGGAGAUGGGGGUUAAGUUGGUCUCUACAGACAUGCUCAACCUAAGGAGCGUGAUGAGAGAAGGCUUCGCUGCAGCAAGGACCUCAGAUCAGAAGAUUGGGGACAGGCUGAUAAAGGUGGCACAAAAGGCUUAUGGCCAGAGGGUUAAGGAGACUGAGUGGGAGAAAAGAAUUURAAACCUCGAAGCCAAGUAUACCCAGCAAGCUCCCACAAGAGUGGUGGAUUGGACAGAGGUCCAAAAGUUCGAAAUCAGGGGACAACCUGCAGAGGAGGUCUUCAAGAAGGAAAAGGAAGUAGAGAUGGCGGACCAGCAGGAGGGAGAGGAGAUCCCUCUGAUCGACAAAGAGAUGUUGGAGCAGCCAGGAGUGCUUGUGGAAAAGGGUGCCGAGGUCGGAGAGUUUGAAUGGAGGUUACCUGCUGGCCUGACACUGGGACACGAGCCGGCUGUACCACAGGAGGGACCACCAGUUGAGGCAAUGAGAGUUGGGGAGGUUCCACCUACUAUUCGGAAAGAGGCUGCGGGACAGCAGGAGGGUCACGAAAGUGUGGGCCAGACCAUGGUUGGGACUGAGCAAAGAGUGGACCUGAGGGACUGUCAGGAGUCAACCAUGCUUCAGGAGGUGCCAGUUGCUACAGAUUUGCAAGGUGUACUGGGAUCUUGGGCCACUGGGUCAGGGCCAGAGGGGCGUGUUGGGGAGCUGGGAAUGCCAGCAGAUGACAGAGCAGCCUGCCCAGCUUCCUCAGGGGUCCCACAGCAGGAGGUUACGAGCAAGAUCUCAACAACCCCGUCAUCUGUAGCCUCGCUGGAAGGAGACAAGAUGUCCCAGAAGAAACUUGGCAAGUGCUUUUAUUGCAAGAAGGGCAAACAUCGGUCUGAGGACUGCCCCAAGAGCCUCAAGGACGAGUCAAAUGGAUUGUGUACGAGGGAGUCAUCUGGGGUAUGGAGAGAUAGAAAUGGAAACCUAGUCCCUAAGACUCGUGAUGGGGUAAGGGCGCAGUUGUAUAGGCAACUGCAGGAGGUCAUGAGUGAUCCGGAGUAGGAUUUUCCAAUAAGGUCCAGAAAGAU